AUGUCUGGGGUAAAAACAAUUGUGAAACCAACGGAAGCUCUAGUUGACGAAAGAGUUCAUGUUCAACUGCAGGGUCUACCCCAAAAGAUACCCGUUACUAUUAAAGCCUCAUUUCAGGAGGAACGCCUGAGAUUCUGUUCCUAUGGAUGCUUUAUCCCAACACAGGGAGGUCAAGUGAUGGUGGAGAGACAGGCUCCGGCACAGGGAAUGUACACUGGUUUUGAACCCAUGGGGCUAUUCUGGAGUAUGAGGCCCGAAACUUUUCAGGGGCAAAAUAUUAGACUACUAAAGAGGAGCGUGACAAAGCCCAUUGUUGUGAAACUUGCUGUGUUUGAAGGAUACCUCUCCUGGGAUGAGCUCUUUGAUACGCCCACUAAGCCCUUAGCCAUAUCGAAAGUUUACAGAUGGUACAAAUACAAGUGUUCGAAGAGAAAAAGUGAGAGAAGGAAAUAUUAG